AUGGCGUCAAUUGAACAGGACGACAUAUUCAAUGUUGAAGAUGACGAGGAUGAAAUGGAAGAUGAUUACCAGGAGGAACAGCCUCAAAAAGAUUAUGAUAUGGAGGUAGCUGCAAGUCAACAAGAAGCAGCACCAGCACCAGCAGCAGCAGAAGAAGAUGAAGACGAGGAAGAUGAAGAUGAAGGGGAAGAGGAAGAGGAAGAAGAGGAGGAAGAAGAAGAAGAAGAAGAAGAAGAAGACGUGGAAUCACAAGAGGACGAGGAUGAGGCAAUGGAAGAAGAUAAUGAAGGAGAAGGUGGGGAAUACGAAGUAGAACGAGAGGAAAUGGAAGAAGACGACGACGAAGGAGUAGCAGCACCUGCAGAAGCAGAUGAAGAAGAACAGGUACAACAACAAGGGGAAGAAGAAGAAGAGGCAGAUGAAGAAGAACAAGAAGAAGGGGGAGAGGAUGAAGGGGACGACACCACAAAUAGCCAGGAAUCGAAAGAAAAUAAAGUGGAAAGAAAUGAAAAUGCCGGAGAGCAGAAAGAAGCAGAUGUAGAUGACAAGGGUGCUGAAACUGGGAAAAAAAGCGACGAAGCUGGAGAUAAAGACAAUGCACUUCAAAAUAGCGGCGAGGGAUCCGAAACUCAGACGCAAGAAGAUACACGUGCUUCUGAUGCAGCCGUCGAGGAAACUGAAGCCAAAGUCGAAGUUGCAGUUGAAGCAGAAGCAAAAGCAGAUGUUGAAGUAGAAGCAGAAGCCAAAGCAGAAGCCAAAGCAGAAGUCGAUGCUGAAGCCAAAGAUCGUGAUCAGCUAAUGGAAGAUGUUGAAGAAUCCGAAACCAACCUCUCCUUUCGAGAUCAAGUCAUAGCAAAAGCACGCAAAGCCACCGAGUUUGAUAUCAUCCCCCAAGUUGCAAUCCCAUACACAUCACAGUGCCACGCGUUGGCCUUCACUCAGGGUCCCAAAUGGAUCUUGACUGGUGGAGAAGACGGGUUCAUUCGCAAAUACGAUUUCAUCCAAUCGGUCCAAGGUAAAGCCCCGCUUACAAUGGCACAAAAGCACAAUCUCAGCGACUCCGUGGCUAAUGCCGGCGUCAUUUGCUCAUAUUGGGAGAAUGAACAACCCUACACCCGCAAACAAUUGAUGAAACAAUAUCCCAAACUCAAGGAUUCCGAUUUCUCCACGGGCAGUGUCAGCUACGAGCCAAAGACUAAUCCGAUUUACGCAUUAGCUGCUGAGCGCAACGGGUACUGGUGUCUACUGGGCCUAUUAAGUGGUGGAAUCAGCUUAUACACAAUGAGAUACAACGAGGGCACAAUACACCAUUAUUUCAAGCAUGGUAAACGGGGCCACCUGGGCGGAGGUCACUAUGACGCGAUAAGUGUCUUGCGGUUAAAUCACAGGGAAGAUAGAUUUCUAAGUGGGUCCUGGGAUAAGAGUAUCAAGGAAUGGGAUUUAGACACUGGUGAAGUCGUCACUGAAUUUCUGCGCUCGAGUGGCCAGAUUUCGAAUAUAGAGUUCCGGCCCGAUGGAUUAGAAGAUAUAGCUUUUGCUCAACCUGAGGAACCCGAGGAAUCUGAACCCAAGGAGCUGAAAAAGUCCAAGAAACCAAAGAAAGACCAAGAUGAUGAUGAUGAUGAUGAUGUCGACUCCUUAUUCGGUGAUAGCGACGAAGAAGAAGAAGAAGAAGACGAAGAAGAACAACAGGAAGAGCGCAAAAAUAAAGAAGAGCAGGAAAAAAGCCUGGAGAAACCCCGAGCUCAAUCUAGACUACAUCGAAACUCAGAUGUGUUUAUGAGUUCAAGUAUAGAUGGAACCAUCAAUAUCUGGGACGUGCGCAUGGCUGCCCCGGUGAUACGGCUAGGGGUUCCGGAAGGCACACCGCCUUGGUGCAUGUCACUGACAUGGUCAAACAAUGGAGAAUUCAUCUACGCGGGACGCAGAAAUUCAACAAUUGAAGAAAUAUCAAUCAAGAUGCCCCAUAAGCGCGCGACUGCAGCCACACAGGGCCAACAUCACACAGACACGAAGGAACCCAACAUCUCCAAGCUUCUCCAAUUCCCCAAAAUCAGUGGUCCCGUUAGUGCCAUCAGCACCAUGCCCAAUAGCGAUUUCUUGCUUUGCGGAUCAAAUGACAACAUUCGGUUAUUUGAUUUGAGACUAUACGAUGACCUAAGCAAUCCCCUGGUCAACACCAAAAAGCAAGUUACUCCAUUUUUGAUUGUGCUGGGGCACCACGGUGGCAUGUUGAGUCAAUUGUACGUUGAUGAAACUGGCCGUUUCAUGGUUAGUGCUGGUGGGUAUAGAGGUUGGGGACAUGGAAGUUUUACUGAUACAGUGCUCAUUUACGAAAUAGACUUUGAAUGA